GAUUACGAUUACGAAUGCGAGCCAUGUGUUGGGAUCCAUGGUUCUGCAGUUCUCUCAGCUUUACUAUUUUAACGUACAGAAACAAUUGUAACAGAAAAGGAACAUCCGCGUCAGUCCGCGAUCGGAACGAAAUCCAAGCGCGUGUAAAAAAUACGACACAAAGAAUUUUGUUUGUUACUGGUCUGAUUAUAUAUAUAUAUAGUCACACGAGUCAUUAUGUCAAUGUUCGAAGCUGCUAAGGAUACCGCGAAUUUAUUACACGAUGGCCUCGAUGUCGAAGCGUUGUCAAGAAAAAAUCUUAACCACGAAUGGGAGAGCAGUAUAACCAUUAAAAUCGAUAAAACCCAAUACGAAUCGAAACGCAAUGGCAACGACAACGCCAAAAGACUCGAGGAUGUGAUAUUGAUAUUUACAAACGGCACCAGAUUGAGCUCGCGUACAAUGGAGAAAAAAAUAACUCUGCAGAAGAAACGUGUCGUUGGCUUUUACGAAAACUGCAUCUAUCCCAUUGUUCGAAGUCAAGCGAGCGAAGAGACGGUGGCAAUCGAUGAGUUGAACGUGCAAAAAACUAUACAUCGCGUCCUGACGCUCCAAGGCGAUUCGUGCCGCGUGUCGUAUAACAAAAUAGAGACUGAGAACGGGACCAAAUAUACUUUUGCAUGUGAGAUUGAGUAUGCACCGAACACCGAUUAUACGAGAAUCCUCGAGCACGAGAAACAUUUGAUGAGCCUCGUUAACGAGCACGGAAUAACGGUUUCCUACGAAAAACUUAGCCUGGAACAGACGUUUUCGUGCAUCGUCCCGAAAGUUCAAAUGUGGAAUUGUUUCAAUCCCGCAGGCGAAUAUCUCUGGGCCUACAAGUGGAACGGCGUCAAAGCAAAGUUUCUGUGCAUCGAUAGUAACGCUUACGUGUGGCCGGAUGCGGGACAAGUUACAACGGAACGCUGCACCGGUGAUGUUUCCUCCAUACAACGUAUUUGCAUGCAAGUCGAGCUAACCGAUCGAGAUAUUGUUAUCGUCGAAAUAGUCGCGGCAUCCUUUGACGGCAACAUUCAUACGAGCGAGCCUCUUACCAAUGUGGCCUUGUUGAAAUUACUUGCUCAACGACUCACCGGUCGUAUCACGGUGGGCACGCGACAGCUGCGAGUUCAAACAUUUCACAACAGCCAAUUGCCAUCUUCGUUCAACAAAGAGCUGUACGACGGUUUUAUUAUUGUACAGGAUGAUUUGAUACUGAAGUGGAAGGCUCCGACAAUCGAUGUCAAAUGCAUCGCUCCCAACGAAUACACUGUCGCCGAUAACAAGAUGAUACACCUGCCGGAGGUAGGUGUCGUUGGUGCUAUUUACGAACUCUCCUCCAAUUUGAAACUUUUGCGAAAACGAACCGAUCGUCUAGCCCCGAGUACCGCGCGUGAACUUGAAGUAUUUCUCGAAUCCGUCACACUGUUGAACUACUCGAAAUGAAGCUUCAUUGAGGAUCGCCAAGAGCGUUCUCCGCAUCGGAACCAUUCUUCAUUGAAUAAAUUUAUCUUCGAAAUAAAUAUUUGGGCUUCUAACAAAAAAAAAAAAA